AUGGUUCUCGUCCCACCAUCGGUCACGCGGCUACAGGCCCUCCAGAAGACUGCCUCCCAGAUCUUCAUGACAACCUUCAACCCAACCAAUGCACGAACCGGAAACAAGGUCCUCAGACAACGACUCAAGGGACCCACAAUCUCAGACUACUACGUUAGGACAAACAUCACUGUCGCUAAAUUCGUCAAGGGUUUCAACAAGAUGCGUGCCGCCCUGAUUGAGAACAACACCGUUGAUGAGCGAGCGAUUGGAAACCCUCUGGUCAACUUUGAGGAAGAACAGCGGAUCAAGGAGAACGAGGUGCGGAGGAGACGUGGAAAGGGACCCCCGAAGAAGGGACAAGGAAAGCGUGCUACGUCCGGAAAGAAGCGUUAA